GAAAUCUAUGGCAUACCAAAAAAGUAUGUCAUUUUCCCUUCGUUCUGCUGCACGCUGCUGAGAACUGAUGUUUAAUCACCGUCUAAGUAUUCGAAGCGGGAAAAAAAAAAUAACAAACGGCGAACGGAAAAUCGAAGGGAAAAAUAGCAACGCAACGGCGAAAUCGAACGACUGACGAACAUUUGACGGUUUUAAGAUACUGUCAACCGUUGAUCGUUGAAAUCAGCUCGCUCCUUUCAAAUAAGCGACCAGUAUCCGAGAAGGAAAAAGCAGGAGAAAAUAAUAAUAUUAAGACCUGUCGUUAAGAUAAUAUCAAAUCAUCAUCAUCGCAAAAAGCUAUUUCAAGCAUCCAACAUCAAAGGAGCUUCAGAGGAAUCGCAGAAACAUGAGCAAACUUCGGAACAUCGAGAAGAAUCACUCAAAAACAAUUAUGGAGUCAAAGCACAAGCUUAAGCCCAAGAAAACUGCUUUCAAACGCAAACAAUCUGAUACCAGGGCAUCUAUAGUUGGGGGAAACGAAGGAACUGCUAGGAUCAAAAGCAAGACGGCUAGGAGGAAGUCAUUGAAAAAAAAUUUGGGAGACAUGAAUGUGGAUGAGCUAAUGGAGGGUAACUUUAUGGAUAGCACAAGUACUGAAGACAAGGAACUUGUUUCCAUUAAUGAUGACAUGCAUUCCAAGGAUGGUAAAGAUUAUAUUGAUAUUACACCUGAUGGAGUUGAGGAUGAUUCUGAAGACAAGGAGGAAGAUGAUAAUACCCUGCCAGGUGAAAACAAGAAGCUUCUGUCUGAAUCAAAGAAGCAUAAGAGGCAGUUAGAGAGACUCAAAGAGAAGGAUCCUGAGUUCUUCGAGUUCUUGAAAGAUCAUGACAAGGAACUUCUUCAGUUUAGUGAUGAAGAUAAUGAUGAAUUUGAAGAAGAUGACAAAAGUGAGGAUGAAGAAUUAGCAAUGCCCGGCGAAGAACAAAUGAAUGACAUGAAAGAUUUUAAACAGCUGUCAAGGAAGAUCAUUACAACCACAAUUGUAGAUGGUUGGUGUAAAUCAAUAGUAGAGGAUCAAAGUUUGGGUGCUCUUCGCUCACUUAUGCAAGCUUUUCGAACAGCAUGCCAUUAUGGUGAUAGUGAUACAGAUGAUUCUGGUCCAAACCUAGGAGUGAUGACAAGUAAUGUAUUUAAUAAGAUUAUGGUUUUUGUUCUUACUGAAGUUGAUGGCAUAUUCAGAAAAUUGUUGGGAAUUUCUAGCUCUGGUGGAAAGAAGGACACCAUAUUAGAAUUGAAACAAACAAGACGAUGGGCGAAAAUUGGGUCUCUCGUCAAAUCAUAUCUCAGUAAUUCUCUGCAUGUGCUAAAUCAAAUGACUGACAAUCGGAUGAUUUCAUUCACAAUUCGCCGCCUUAGAUCAUCAAUUAUAUUUUUGGCUGUCUUUCCAACUCUAUUACGUAAGUAUGUGAAGGCUGCAUUGCAUUUCUGGGGUAGUGGAGAAGGAGCUCUCUCUGUUGUCUCAUUUUUAUUUAUUCGUGACAUGGCUGUACGGAUGGGUUCAGAUUGUCUUGAAGCCUGUUUGAAAGGUAUAUAUAAAGCUUAUGUUGCAAACUGCAAGUUUGUUAAUUCAGCAAGGUUGCAGCAAAUUCAGUUUCUCGGAAACUGUGUGGUUGAGCUGUAUGGGGUAGACUUAGCUAGUGCAUACCAGCAUGCAUUUGUAUUCAUUCGACAAUUGGCAAUGAUUUUAAGGAAUGCCAUUACUAUGAAGACUAAGGAAGCAUUCAAGCAAGUUUAUUGCUGGAAGUUCAUAUGUUGCCUUGAACUUUGGGUAAAGGUGCUUUGUAGAUAUACAGGGAAGGAUGAUCUUCAGCCAUUGGCAUAUCCAGUAGCUCAGAUAAUUAGUGGAGUUGCCCGAUUAGUACCCACUGCUCGUUACUUUCCAUUGAGAGUGCAGUGCACAAAAAUGUUGAACAGGCUUGGCUUUGCCACAGAGACAUAUAUUCAUGUUGCUUCUCUUGUUUUGGAUAUGCUAGAGUUCAAAGAAUUAAAUAGGCCACCUACUGGAGGAGUUGGGAAAGCGGUUGACUUUUCGACAAUCUUGAAGGUUCCAAAACCAACCCUUAAAACACGUGCUUUCCAAGAGGAGUGUGUUUUUUCUGUGCUUGAACAUCUAGCUGAACAUUUGACUCAGUGGAGUUAUUCUGUAUCUUUCCCUGAGUUAGCAUUUAUUCCGCUUGUUCGUUUGCGACAAUUCAACAAAUAUACCAAAGUUGACAGGUUCCGUCGACAAGUAAAGCAACUGAUAGAGCAGGUUGAGAAAAACAUUGAAUAUAUUGCAAGAAAGCGGGGAGAUAUUUCCUUUGCACCAAAGGAUCAGAAUUCUGUAGCAACAUUUCUUCAGACUGAUAAGGAAGCUGGUGCAAGUCCCUUGUCACAAUAUCUUGUAAUUCUGCAACGAAGGUCAGAGCAAAGAAAAGCAAAUCUGCGAGAAUCCAGUGUUAAUGUUGUGGAUGACAAAAGUACACACUUAACAAAGGAUAUUUCUAAAACUACUGAUGAAAGUGAUCAUGAUGACGUUGAAGAUGGAUCUAGAGUAUUCAGCAAGAAUUGGCUGCCUGAAAAGAAGUCAAAUAAAGAUAUUGCUUCCGACUCCAAAAUGCCCCGCAAGUCUCAUAUGUAUGAUGCAAUAGCAAUUGGAGAGGAUGACAUAGUAGAAACUCUAGAAUUUUCUUCAGAUGAAGAUGAUUCUGCACUUGAAGAGUUUGAAGAUGAUAGUGAAAAAGAUCUUGAAGAUGAUCAUCACCCUGCCAAAAACCAAACUGGAAAGAAUGGAAAAGCGAAUGAUAAUUUCUCAAAAGCAGCAAAGCGACAUAAAAAAUAUAAAAAACUGGGAAAAAGAAAGAAUUCCCAAAAGAAACAGCAAUUUUCUCGGGUGAAAACUUAAUGAGAUUAAUUUACAGGAUAAGCUCAACAGUUUCAUUGUGUUUUCCAGAUAAAUUUGUCAUCAAUUUGUUACUGAAUAUCAGAUCUAUUCAAAGUUGCAGUAAUGUCAUCAGAAAAUACAGCAAUUAUCAAGAAAGAGUUCAUCAGUACAUGCAUACUAAGCAUUAAAUUUGUGAUUCUGUUUAUGAGCAAGUGCUUCAGCAGCUCAUUUAUGUAAAUAACACAGAUAGCAUGUUUUAUCCUGAUCUCGUCUUGAAAGAGAGUAAACAAUCUAAUUCUUUAGGUAAACAAUUAUCUAGAAUUUCAGAGUCAAUGUAUUUUAGCUUCCUUCAGUUGUGUCCUGCAUGAAUGGCUUUCAGAGCCUACACUGCAUUCUUUUAUCUAUUUCAAAUACAUGCUUUGUAAAUUUUAUUUGUA